UUGCCCUCGUUGGGCAACCACCACCAUAUCAGUCAUCUUUCCUCAGGCGCUACCGUCUCAACUUCCAUUGCGAGUGGGAAGUUCCCCCCCGUGUAGCGUCACCUUCAUCAUCGUCGUCCCAAGCCAUAGCUAGUCGUUCGUUACUAUGGAUUCCAUCGUCGGAGACACCUCUAGCUGGCCUCUACACCUUCAAGGCGCUGCUGAGAUACUCCGGAAUUUCGCUUAUCACGACGCCCUUAUGAGUGUGACAAUGGACCGCGGCCCUCUCAUUCUAGGCUAUUACUGGCAGGAUGAUAACGGCAACGAGGUUACUCAUGUGGCUGACUCGUACUUUGGUUUUGCCUCCACUCCUAUCUUCCAUAUCGCCCAGACCAGUGCCUUGCUAUCCAACGUCAGGUCUGGCGUUAGAACGACAACGCACUGGAGGUUUUGGCCAAUAUGUAUCGGAGUGCAGCUCUUCUGCACCUCUAUCGAUCCAUCUACUGCUAUCGCCCAGAUCUCAAAGCGGUGUAUCAUGAUAGCAUUCAACGAGAGGUGGAUGCAGUCAUGGACUACACGUGCUCUUUGCCUUCGCGAAGUUCGCCGCAAUGCACUACCCUCUUCCCUAUUUUUAUGUGUGGCGCCGAAACUGACAGGUUCCAUCACACACAGGCGGUGCGAGAUGGCUUCCAGUCAAUUCCGAGAUCGCGGAAUUUCGAAAAACUUCAACCAUGCGAUCUCGGUCUUGGGAAGAUCUAUGGAAGUCCCGCUUUGUGGGGGUCCAAGAACACAUCCCUUGCAGAACCGCUAGAUUGGCUCGAUAUUCUGCAACAGCGUGGCUGGAAAUCAUCACUUUCGUGAACGGCACGGCGCAUUCACAGACCCCAUGGGGUCCUACCCUGUCACUACGGCUACGGCGGUCGGA